CGCUGCAGGACUGCAGGAUGGCAGGAGGACGUCGGGGUCUCGUUGCCCCUCAGAACACAUUCUUGGAGAACAUUGUCCGUCGGUCCAACGAUUCAAAUUUUGUGCUGGGGAAUGCUCAGAUUGUUGAUUGGCCAGUUGUCUACAGCAAUGAUGGUUUCUGCAAGCUAUCUGGUUACCAUCGAGCAGAGGUCAUGCAGAAGAGCAGCACCUGCAGCUUUAUGUAUGGAGAACUGACAGACAAGGAGACUAGUGAGAAAGUUCGACAAACUUUUGAGAACUACGAAAUGAAAUCUUUUGAGAUUCUGAUGUACAAGAAAAAUAAGAUGCCAGUCUGGUUUUUUGUAAAGAUUGCUCCUAUCAGGAAUGAACAGGAUAAAGUUGUCCUAUUUCUCUGUACAUUUAAUGACAUCACAGCCUUCAAGCAACCAAUAGAAGACGAGUCAUCAAAAGGGUGGGGUAAGUUUGCUCGUCUGACUCGUGCAUUAACCAGCAGUCGGGGAGUUCUCCAGCAGCUUGCUCCUGCAGUUCAUAAAGGAGAGAAUGUUCACAAACAUUCACGGCUUGCAGAGGUUCUCCAGCUGGGUUCAGAAAUCUUGCCUCAGUACAAACAAGAAACUCCAAAGACACCACCUCACAUCAUUCUGCACUACUGCCUCUUCAAAACCACUUGGGACUGGGUCAUCCUCAUCCUCACCUUCUACACAGCCAUCAUGGUGCCCUACAACGUCUCCUUCAAGACCAAACAAAACAAUGUCACCUGGCUGGUGGUGGACAGCAUUGUGGAUGUCAUCUUUCUUGUGGACAUUGUUCUCAACUUCCAUACCACUUUUGUAGGUCCAGCAGGAGAAGUAAUCUCUGACCCAAAACUGAUUUGCAUGAAUUACGUCAAGACCUGGUUUGUCAUCGACCUACUGUCCUGCCUGCCUUAUGAUGUCAUCAAUGCCUUUGAGAAUGUUGACGAGGGGAUCAGCAGCCUCUUCAGCUCACUGAAGGUGGUGCGUCUGUUGCGUUUGGGUCGAGUUGCCAGGAAGCUGGACCACUACAUUGAAUAUGGCGCUGCUGUCCUGGUUUUACUAGUAUGUGUGUUUGGCCUAGCAGCCCACUGGCUGGCCUGUAUUUGGUACAGUAUUGGAGACUACGAAGUGAUUGAUGAGGAUACAAAUAACGUGAGACUGGACAGCUGGUUAUACCUGUUGGGCGAAGCAGUGGGUACACCAUACAGAUUCAACAUCUCUGGUUCGAGCCGCUGGGAGGGCGGGCCCAGCAAAGACUCCGUCUACAUCACCUCUCUGUACUUCACCAUGACCAGCCUGACAAGCAUUGGCUUUGGAAACAUUGCACCAAACACAGAUGGAGAGAAGAUCUUUGCUGUGGCCAUGAUGAUGAUUGGAUCAUUGCUGUAUGCCACUAUCUUCGGUAAUGUCACCACCAUCUUUCAGCAGAUGUAUGCCAACACCAAUCAUUAUCAUGAGAUGCUCAACAGCGUGCGAGACUUUCUCAAACUCUACCAAGUCCCUAAAGGACUCCGUGAGCGAGUAAUGGAUUACAUUGUAUCCACUUGGUCCAUGACCAGAGGCAUCAACACUGACGAGAUUGUCUUCCGAAAGAUCAGUGAUGUAAAACGAGAAGAGGAGGAGAAGUUAAAGAGGAAGGAUGAAGCACCUCUUAACCUCCCACCAGACCACCCAGUUAGACGACUCUUCCAGCGGUUCCGGCAGCAAAGGGAAGCUCGUCUUGCAGCUGAGCGAGUCAGUCAAAGUUUAGGUGAUGUGGAGAAAGGUUGA